AUGGUUAAUUUGGCAAACAUAUGCUCUGAAUUCCUCAACACCGACACCAACACCACGACGACCUCACUAGAAGGGAUCAUGGUGAAUCUAGUGAAGCGCCAGGAGAUACAAGCCAAGCUACUUGAUGAAAUACAAGAAGUGGUUGGGAGUGAAGCAGAGGAAGUGAAGGAGGAGGAACUUCAAGGGAUAUCUUAUCUCAGGGUAGUGGUUCUUGAAGGGCUGAGAAGGCACCCGGCCGGGCACUUCUUGCUGCCGCAUAGCGUCGCCGAGGAUGUGUUGAUCAAUGGGUACGUAAUUUCGAAAGGUGUGACUAUAAACUUCAUAGUUGCAGACGUGGGAAGAGAUGACAAGGUUUGGGACAAACCCAUGGAGUUCCGGAAAAGGUUUAUGGAAGUAGGGGAAGGAGAAGAAGUGGAUAUAACCGGAAGCAAGGAGAUAAAUAUGACACCUUUUGGGACGGGUAGGAGGAUAUGUUCUCGAUUUGGACUUGCUCUUUUAUAUUUGGAGUAUUUUGUGGUUAAUUUGAUCAAAAAUUUUGAGUGGAAAGCUAUAAAGAAAGAAGAAGUGGAUCUUAUAUCUGAAAAGCCUGAGUUCACUGUGGUUAUGAAAAAUUCUUUGCGUGCUAGAAUUACUCCUAGAAAAAUCUAA